CGGCCAUAUUUGCCGGUGCCGCUCUGCUGUAAACAAAAAGUGUCUGAGAGAGACAGAGACGCUUCAGUGAAUUUCAGGACAUUUUUAUUUGUUUAAUUUAUAAUGUCUCUGGGAAUGUCUUACAAACCCAAUCUCCACCAGCACAUUCCGGGAACUUCCGUGAAUCAGGUUGGAAAUAUCCACUCUCCAUCAACAAGCUUAGCAACCCUGCAGUCUUACAGGCCAAUAGUGAAUGACUAUGGACCUCCAUCUUUGGGAUAUUCCCAGCUCCAGGGGACUAGCGGAACCCAAGUGCCUCAAAGCAAAUAUGCAGAAUUAUUAGCCAUCAUUGAAGAAUUGGGGAAAGAGAUUAGACCCACAUAUGCUGGAAGUAAAAGUGCUAUGGAAAGACUAAAGAGAGGUAUAAUUCAUGCCAGGGGACUGGUGCGCGAAUGCUUGGCAGAAACGGAGAGAAACGCCAGAUCCUAGGCAGCCUGCUACAGAAGCUUUGGAUGUCCUUCCCUUUAACAAUUCAUGUGCCGGGCUGUGGAACGGCUUCCAGAAAAUGUAAUAAUAAAAUAACAAUAAUAAUAAUAAUAAUAAAAUAUGUUGAUGUUUGGUCUAGGGAAUGCGUAAACUGAAUGCGGAAUACCAGUAUAGAAGAGAUACUUGACAAGAACCUCUUGGUUUUAUAUGUGUUCCCAUUUGGGAAUGACUGAAUCUCUUAACUGCUUGUAUAAAUGAAAAGUUAAAAAUGCAUGUUAGGUAGUGAUGUCCCGAAAUAAUUAUAGAAACUGCAUGACAUUUACAGGAGAAGCCUGUAGCACGGGACAUUUUAAUGAUUGAUUUGGAUCUUUUUAACACACUAAUGUAGUUAACAAGUCAAAAAGAAGGAUAGUGCCAAAUACACUGUAUCCCACACCAGAUUUGGAUAAACUGUUGUAAUAAAAAUGAUUUGCAUCUUUGUAUGUAUUUAUUACUCAGUGUAAUAAAACUUAUUUUCAUUAAA